GCAGGGGUGGAGCCUGAGCGAGGAGCCUGCGAACAGCCUUCUCUCCCCGGAUUACUAGUGGCAGGAGAACAUGGAGUCGAGCAAGAUGGCGCCUCCCAAGAACGCUCCGAGAGAUGCCUUGGUGAUGGCGCAGAUUCUAAAGGAUAUGGGAAUUACUGAGUACGAACCAAGGGUUAUAAAUCAGAUGUUGGAAUUUGCUUUCCGAUAUGUGACUACAAUUCUGGAUGAUGCAAAAAUUUAUUCAAGCCAUGCUAAAAAACCCAAUGUAGAUGCAGAUGAUGUGAGACUGGCGAUCCAGUGCCGCGCUGACCAGUCCUUUACCUCUCCUCCCCCAAGAGAUUUUUUACUGGAUAUUGCAAGGCAGAAAAACCAAACCCCUUUACCUCUGAUUAAGCCAUAUGCAGGACCCAGACUGCCUCCUGACAGAUACUGCUUAACAGCUCCAAACUAUAGGCUGAAGUCCUUAAUUAAAAAGGGACCUAAUCAAGGAAGACUAGUUCCACGGUUAAGUGUUGGUGCUGUUAGUAGCAGACCCACCACUCCUACUAUAGCAACCCCACAAACAGUGUCUGUGCCAAAUAAAGUUGCACCUCCAGUGUCAGUGACAAGCCAAAGAUUUACGGUGCAGAUUCCACCUUCUCAGUCCACACCUGUCAAACCAGUUCCCGCAACAACUGCAGUUCAAAAUGUUCUGAUUAAUCCUUCAAUGAUUGGGCCCAAAAAUAUUCUUAUUACCACCAACAUGGUUUCAUCACAGAGCACGGCCAAUGAAUCAAACCCAUUGAAGAGAAAACACGAAGAUGAUGAUGACAAUGAUACUAUGUAAGGAAUAUAGUCGUCUAGAUGCAUUUCAAAUGUGUAGUGGUUUUUGAGUCUGGUAUACUGAACUAGAAUAUUCUAGAUCUUCUCAAGUUUUAUCUUAGAGAACUUAAAUGUAGCUGCAAUAUUUUUCACAUUAGUUUAAACUGUUAGAUUUCAUAAGUAAGGGCGCCACUGUUUUUCCAUUAGGCUUCAAAGUAUAAAAAUUUAAGCACUUGUUUCUUAAUAGUUUCACUAAUGUUGAGUCCUAAGGUGGCAAUUCUAUUUUUGGAAGCAGUUUUCUGCCAUGUAUCACUGACACUGGCACUGAAGUUUCAGUUUCUACAGCCUGAUCAGUGGACUAAUCUUUAAGAGUAGUUUCUAAUCUGCAUUUAAAUACUUUCUUUUGUAAGGUAACAGUCACUUUUGUUACCAACUUUUUGACCAAAUUUCUCAAUUUAGGAAACAUUUUUGGAGAGGAUGGAUUUAGAGUGAUUCUAAAUCCAUUUUGAAUGUAUUUAACUGGUUUCUUGGUGUUCCCUAACCUCCUACCUCCUCAACCCCGUUUCUAGAUCCCAUUUGUUUUCUGUACCAUCUCCUCCCCAUAGGCUUAAGUUUCUUCCCCUUGCUCUUAAAAGGCCAAAACUGGAAUUUUAAAAAUGUCAUUCCUGAAAAUACAGAUUAGUGUCAUUUUCAUAUUUUUUAAACUUGCUUUACAUGUCUGAUGUUCUAUGGUUCACUUUAACCUGAAGGUUUGCAUUUGCUUUUUCCCUCCAUACCAGAGCAGUUGAGUUUUAUCCCUUGCCUUUUAUGCCCAGCGAGUUUUACUCUGCCUUUGACAAGUAGUUUUGGGUCCGUUAACAUUCAGUUUCAGUCUUAUAUUCCAAGUUGAUAACGCUACCUGAUUUCACAUUUCUAAAUUUAACAUAGAUGAUGCUAUAGCUUAAAAUCUGACUUGAUAAGUGAUAAGUAUAUUUACACUGGACCUAGGCAAAACCACUGAAGAGCAAGUGUUUUCUUCCUUUUUACCACACACAUAUAUGCUUCGAUCACUACUGCUUGAACCCUCCUCCUAUUGGUAGAAUUCAGAUCAUUUUUCUGGCUAGUUGAUGAGGAUGUCACACUGAAGAUACGAUCAAACCUGAAUGUUUUCUAAUGAUUUUCCUUCCUCUAGAAAGCCAACAGCAAAAACAAAUUAGUGUGAUAUGACUUGCACUUAAGUGCACUCUGCAUAGGUUUACCACUAAUGUUGUAAUGUUACUAAACACUUUCCCCUUUUUUCCAUUUAUACACAUCUAAACAUCUUACUGCGAAAGAUUGCAAAGCUUUCAAAAAUAUAAACAGGCUUGUGCAGUUUUUGUUUAAGUUUAACAUAUUCAACAUAGGAAUACUUGCAAAAUUUUCUAAAAUGUAUUUUCAUACAUAAUUUAGAACUUGUAGCCAAGGAUCCUCAAAACUUAAAAUACAGGUUUCAUCUUAGGAUGGUGCUUGAUGCAUCCAACAGAAAUAGUCCAGUAAUGGAAGAAAUGUCUCAUCACAGUUUGUUUUUGGAUGUUAGGAAAAGGUGGUAUCAAACUUAUAAAAACAGAUCUGAUGAAUGUCAUAGGAGAAAUGUUCAUUAUAUAUAGCAUAGGAUAUCAUUACUUGAAUGUUCUCAGGGAGGCAGCAUGUCUAAGGCCUAGGUUCUAGUCCUGGCUCUAUCAUUUACCAACUGUGUGACCUUACUUCACCUCUGAGCCUUGUUCUCCUCACUAGUAAUAGGAAAAUAACACCGACCCUGCCUACCUCACAGGGAUGUUGUGAGGGUUUAAUUGGUAUAUGUGAAAGUUCUUUCAAAAUUGUAAAAUGCUAUAUAACUAAGAAAUUGUUAAUGUAUUUGUUCUGAGAUUAUUAAUAAAAUUAAACUUAUAGUUUAUCUUUUGUUUUUUACUUGAGGGAUUCAAGGAAGAUAAACAAGGCCCAGUAAUUCUGAGGUCCAAAAAGCAAUUAAGAUUUGUUUAAUGGAUGAAUUACUUAUAAAUCAGGGAAUUGCUUACUUUUGUUUAGAAUCAGCCUGUGACUCAUCAUAGUGAAACAAAAUAAAAAUGAAAGAAUAUGGA